AUGAGGGCUCCCGGCGCUAUGGAACCUGCAGUUCGGCUCAAUCUCCCGGAUAGGCACGUCGACGCCCAGAUCCUUAAGCCUAUUAUCCGGGCUUACGCUUUGGGGUAUCUCUCCUCUGUUACCCCCAAACUUAUUGCCUUUGCCCGACGACUAGGAAGCAAGAAUGGAUCCACAAAACAGAAACUGCAAGAGCUGGCGCAGGCUCUGGCCGGGCCUCUACGUGUAAACAGUUUUCCAACAUUCUGUGGGAUUUUGGUGGGAGGAUCAACCACCCUUCCAAUCUUGUUGUAUCGAAUAUACGCAUGGGUUCUUGCCGGCUCCAAAGGUAACAUUCAGGUGUCUCAACGAGGCCAAAGGCUCCUUCAAUUCGCCACCGCCUUCCUAUCAGCGUGGUUAAGUUUCCAGCUGCUAAAUAAAAACCGUGAAAUAUCACGACAGGAUGUCAGGGCUCGGAGAAUCUCGUCUGGUCAAGAUGACUCUAAAAAUGGCCCGACCAGUACUCUCGAGCGUCCUCAUUCGGUGUUGGUCGGAAGGACAAUGGACCUGACCCUUUUCACGGUCACAAGAGCCCUCGACGUGAUAUCAUGCACUGCAUGGAACCGUUGGUAUCGCCGUCGCAAGACCCAAAAGAGCUGGACAGUCGUAGAGUCCCAUGCUCCUGGGCUAGCUGAUGCUGGAGUCUUUGCUUUGAGUGCAGCUAUAGUUAUGUGGGCUUGGUUCUAUCUUCCUGAGCGGUUGCCACGGACGUACGAGAAGUGGAUAGGAGAGGUGGCCAAAGUGGAUACGCGGUUAAUUGAAGCUCUUCGUCGCGUCCGUCGGGGGAUCUUUAUUUACGGAAAAGAUACAGGCCAAGCGCCGCUGCUCGAAUCCAUGUGCAGGGAUUAUAAUUGGCCCGAAGAAUGGGGAGACCCAUCCAAGGUGGUCCCCAUUCCAUGCGAAAUGGUACACAUGGGUGCUGGUCCUAAUUGUGAGAAACACGCUCUAUUGCGCUUUGCCAGAACCUUCAAGUUUGCGUGUGCGACCUAUAUCCCACUACAAAUCGUUCUCCGCCUACGGGGUACCAAGUCUCCGGCUGCACUGGGCCGUGCUAUCUCCGACGCUGCUCGGUCAUCUGCCUUCCUCGCCUCAUUCGUGAGCCUAUUUUACUACUCCGUUUGCUUAGCACGGACACGGCUCGGACCCAGAAUCUUUGACUCGAAGACCGUGACUCCACUAAUGUGGGACUCUGGUCUCUGCGUCGGCGCUGGAUGUCUCAUGUGCGGUUGGAGUGUACUGGUUGAGAAAGCGCGGAAGAGACAAGAGCUGGCGCUCUUUGUGGCACCUCGGGCUGCGGCCACAGUGUUGCCACGGUUGUAUAAUAAAAAAUAUCAAUACCGUGAACGCAUUGCCUUUUCUGUCAGUGCUGCGAUACUCAUAACUUGUCUUCGUGAAAGACCACACAUGGUCCGUGGAGUUUUCGGCCGCAUUGCCACAGGCGUGCUAUUCCGCCACGUUCAAUAUAUCUUCGGAAGGGCAUACUUGAAGCAGAAAGACGCCAAUUCCUUCCUGCAUGCGAAACACCAUGCCUCCUCCGCGCCGUUCAAUACUCCUCAGUCGCAACAGCGCAACACAUCUACAAUGUACUACACGAUCAGCAUGAUUCUGGGCACCGUGGCACUUGCAUAUGGAUCUGUUCCUCUUUACAAAAUGAUUUGUCAACAAACUGGCUGGGGUGGUCAACCCAUUACUACCCACCGCGGCGGCGGCGAAGACACAGCAUCCCGCGUGACCCCCGUAACCGACUCUCGCCGGCUUCGAAUCACAUUCAAUGGAUCCGUCUCCGAUGUGCUGCCAUGGAAGUUCACCCCACAACAACGCGAAGUUCGAGUGUUGCCGGGAGAGACUGCACUUGCCUUCUACACCGCAACCAACAAGGGUCCUAACGAUAUCAUCGGAGUUGCCACAUACAGUGUGACCCCAGGCCAGGUUGCGCCGUACUUCAGCAAGAUUCAGUGCUUCUGUUUCGAGGAGCAGAAGCUCAAUGCGGGCGAAACGGUGGAUAUGCCGGUUUUCUUCUUCAUUGAUCCGGAUUUCGCCACGGACCCGAAUAUGAAGGGGAUUGACACAAUCACCCUGUCUUACACUUUCUUCAUAGAAGCGAAAUAUGACGACAACGGAGUUUUGAAGCCAAUUGCCUCAUGA